AUGACGCACAAUAGAGGCUUUGGUGCUUCUUACCAACCUCCAGACGCGCCCGAACAGAGACCACGACUGGCGCACCAGAGUUCCAACUUGUCCGACGUCAGCGACUUUGACAGCCCUUCUUACAACGGCCACUCGGCAACAAUUCGUGGGAGGGAUUCCCUGGUCUCGCUCCAGUCCUACUCUAAUCACACUUCGCCGUCACCGCACGACUCAGACCAACUUCAUCGGCGACCCUCGACGACUUCCACCUGGACCGCAUCCUUUUCGUACACUGGUGCUGCUGGAUAUGCGUCUCUGCCUCCGUCUUCCGGCCCUAACAUCCCAAGAACGCCUUCGCACUUGAGCCGGAAUGUUGGUCGCGCGACCUCGCGGCGCGGUCACGAGACAAUCCCCGAGGAAGAGCAUGACCUCUCCCUCCUGCGCUCCGCCGCACCCAUAGGCCAGUCGUCGCAGUACGAGUCGGUGCCGGAUAACGAACCCAUUUUCGAUGUAACUGCUGCGCUUGGCCCGAUGGGCUAUCAAGACGAUGCGUUCCUCAAAAGAUUGCAGGAGCAGGAGGCGAGCGGUCAUCUCACCGGUGGUCUCGGGGCCGGGUUCAGACCAGACACCACGAUCAAGGGCGAGGACCUACUUUCGUCGUCCCCGUUGCCCAAGAGGUCCUCCCUCACGCGGUCCUUUUCUCGUCGCCAGAAGCUGGGCCGAGCAGCCACCAUCAAGGACCGCGGCCAGGAUGAGGCCAACAAGAGGGGGAAGGUUAUUGAGGUCAUCAUCGAGGAUACCCCGGAGGAGGCCGCUCGGCGCCAGGUAGACCAGGUUGAUCUCAGCGUCGUUGCGGGACCAAGCAUCAUGGGCGACGAUGCAAGUAUACGGCAUGCCACGUUUCCCGUCAACAGAAGCCAGAGGACACAAGUCUUUUACCCGCAGCCCAACUGGAAGCCCUUUUCGAUGAGAUGGCCGUACCUCACCGCCUUGAUCGUUUUGUCGGUUGCCCUCGCCGUCAUGGUUGAGUUUCUGUACCAGAGAUCGCAAACUCAUCCCUUGGUCAAGUUCCAAAGCCCUGCCGAUGUUCCAGGGCUCGAGUACUUCGCCGUCAAGUUCUUGCCGACGCUCCUUUCCGUUACGUACGGCGUGCUGUGGCAGGUCACUGACUUUGAAGUGAAGCGUCUCGAAGCGUACUAUCAGCUCUCGAAAGAAGGAGGCGCCCUUGCAGCCGAGUCCAUCAACGUUGACUAUGUUACCAGCCUAAGCUGGCUGCGACCUAUCCGAGCGAUCAGGCUGCGGCACUUUGCCGUCGCCGUGUCUUCUAUUGCGACCUCCCUGGCCGUGUCUCUGGUGCCAACCUUUGGCGCUGCGUCCUUCUUUUUGUAUCCCGAUAGGGCUACACGACUUGCGCACCCCAAUGGCGAUAAAGAAAUCAAACUUAACGCCACAUGGUCGAGGUUGCUGUCCUCCACUCUCUGCGUCUGCGCACUCUGCGGCUGUAUCCUCUUUUACAUCCUCCAAAGGAGAAGGUCCGGCCUGCUGGCCGAUGUCAAGGGCAUUGCAGGUCUCGCGUCCAUGGCCGUCGUCAGCCACAUCCUCGUGGACUUUGCGGACCUGGACGUCGUAAGCCACCGCGACAUCCACGACAAGCUGAAGCACCGCCGCUACGUCCUCCGCAACGCGUCGCUGGCGCCCGACGACGAGAAUCCCGUGUCGUCGCAGGAUACGGACAAGUACGGCGACGACCACCUGUCGCAGAACCCCCACCCACGGUCCUUGCGCCUCGGCGGCUUCCUCCCGUUCGUCAUCGGUAUCGCCCUCUUCACCGGCUUCAUCCCGGUGUUUCUCUUCUCCAGCGCCAGUAUCAUCACGUCAAAGGCGCCGUGGGUCGUGACCGCCUUGGCCGUCUGCAUCAAGCUGGGCUGGGGCGGUCUGGAGACCGACAUGCGCAUGAUGGAGCCGUAUUACAUCCUGUCAAAGAGGCACUCCUCGUCCAAGGCGCUCACGCUCGACUACACGGCGAUGCCGUUCGCCCUGAUGCCCUUCCACGCCUUCCUCAACGCCCACACGCUCAUGUUCCUGGUCGGAUUCGGCAGCAUGAUGGCCGAGGUCCUGACAAUCCUGCUGACCGGCCUGGCAACGGUCGUGGGCACAGAGUUCCUCGAUGCCGCCUACGCGCCGCCAGACGGGGACCGAGACAGACCCGGCCACGGCGGCGACGACGACCCGGACCUCGGCGGCAUCAACGCCGGGCAGGAAACAGUCUCGUCCUUUUGGAUCUCGUACGGCCUCGCGACCUUUAUCCUCGUGUACAUGGGCACCGUCGCGACAAUCGUGUUCCUGCGGCGGCGACACCCAUUUUUGCCGCGGCAGCCCAACACCAUUUCGUCGCACCUCGCCUUUAUCCACCAGAGCAAGAUGAUUUACGACUUUGUCAACACGGCGCGGAUGAGCAACGCCGAGAUGGCGCGGUACCUCGAGGGGCUCGGCAAGACGUACGGCCUGGGCUGGUUCGAGGGCCGCGACGGGCAGACGCACUGCGGCGUCGACGAGGAGGAGCUGCUUGGUUAUUAUAAGCACGGUAUGGAUUUCCAGGGGACGAAUAAGCCGUGGAACCAGCAGUGGGAUCAGUAUGAUUGA